AUGUAAGAACGAUUUAAAGAGGAAUUGCUCUCACCUUAAUUUAAAGAUUAAGAACAUGAGCUUUCAACUUAAGAAUGCCGGAAAUUUUCAAGUGUAUGUGCUGCUGAAUUCAAUACACCUGAAACAAAAUACAGAUCUACAAUAGGACCCAAUAGAAUGGAUAUUUCUAAGGAUGCAAAUUCUUUGCAUUUUAGAAAUAGAACAGCAAAAUUUGAAGAUGAAUAAAAUCAAUUAUAUAUGGAAAUAAAGAAUUUAUAUGAAAAGAGAUAGUUUGACAUUCCAACUCUUGUGGAACCAAAAAUCUUAUUUAAGACAGAAACUAUUCCAACCAAAUUUAUGUAAAUUUUUAUUAUCAUAGAUAUUUAUUUAUAGCAUCAAGAGAAGAUAAAAUGAACAUCAAUAAUAAUCACAAUUUAAUGAUUAAGUAUUAAUAGACAAAAUGCACUAAGCUAAUUAAUAAAGUCUAAAGAAUUUAUUUUCUCAUAAAUUUUGA